GUAUUUGAUUCCAGCGGUGGCGGAAAAAGGAAUACCCUAGCGAGAUCAAAUCCAAACCAUGGAUAUUCUUAAACAAGAGUUGCUGAAGAAACGGCAGAGCCUGGCGGAGGACGUCGGCGGGAAGAAAUUCUUCAAACGCUCUGAAAUCGAGCAGAAACGCCUCCAACGUCUGCGGGAGGAGGAGAAACGAGAAGCCGAGGCCAAAGCCCUUAAACAAAAGGAAUUGGAACAGAAACAAAGCAACCGGAAUGCCAAUUCCCCAUCGAGCUCAAACUCCAAAUCCGAAACUGCCAAAUUCAAAUCUGAAUCCUCCUCCGCCGCCUCUAAAACCCUAACAGACGAGGAAAAGAUCGACGAGCUGAAUCUCCCGAGGCAAGAGGUAAUUCGUCGUCUCCGUUUGUUAAAACAGCCUGUCACGCUUUUUGGAGAAGAUGAUGUGGCGAGGCUUGAUAGGCUUAAAUAUAUUUUGAAAGCUGGGUUGUUUGAAGUCGAUGAUACCGAUAUGACGGAGGGACAGACGAAUGAUUUUCUUCGUGACAUCGUGGAGCUGAAGAAGCGGCAGAAGUCGGGGAUUUUGAGUGAUAGGAAGAGGAAGGCCACUGAGGAUGGAGGGGAGGAUAAAGAUGGAGGGGGUGGUGAUGAGGAUUUGAGUGGUGAUGGGGCGUCUUCUGGUGUGGAUCACGACAAGGAUAUCAAGCGAAUGAAAGCGAACUUCGAGGAGUUGUGUGACGAGGAUAAGAUUUUGGUUUUUUUCAAGAAGUUGUUGAAUGAGUGGAAUCAGGAGUUAAAUGAGAUGAGCGAGGCAGAGAAGAGAACUGCCAAAGGAAAAUCAAUGGUUGCCACUUUUAAACAGUGUGCCCGGUACUUGAACCCGCUGUUUAAGUUCUGCAGAAAGAAGAAUGUCGCCAGUGAGCAUCAAUAAUCCCGUGUAUACUUCUACUUCCUGCCAUAGCUCAUCCCAGUCAAAGACUAAUCUACUUGUGCUCUUUAAUGACAUGGCAUCAAACAAUGUCCAAUCUAAGUUGCUGACCAAUUACAGUCUAAAGCACAUGGAGUGGGAGAGAACAGGAGCAGCGAGGAUGAGAGUGAGUGACUCAAACAGAAAACUCAUCUGAAUGGGGAUAGCUUCCCAAAAUGUCACUUAAGAGCAUAUUACAAUGAGAUGGAGCAGUGUGCUCCCUAAGGAGAUGAUUAUUUGACAAAGAUUGCAAUUUUACCUUGGACCUUAUUAUCAUCAUAAUGUAUCUCAAUCUCAUGUGAACCCAUAAAGUGCAUGCAUAUUGCCCAUGUGCCUGAUUUAGCUGGAUUAAGUAUUUCAGGUAGGGCGACUUUUGUGUUCUAGUAUUUGGUUCCCUUUAAAGCAUAGGCAGUGAUAUGAUACGAUCUUCAAUAUAUUUUUGAGGUUUGUGCUUAACAAAAUAGGAAGCAUUGAAUUGUAUGGUGUCAUCUGUGUUAUCAAGUGCUGUUUCGGGCAAAAGUCAAAAGAGAGGUGAAAAUGGACGAAUAAUCCCUGUUUGACCCACAUUCUUUCAAGGAAAAAUAUAUUCUUAAACGGUGAUUUGAUAUCAUUUCAAUUACACAUUCUUCAAUAAAAU